AUGCAGUCGAUACCCGCAGAGGAGCGCCGGGCGCUCCUCGACAAGUUGAAGGACAGGCGAGCCGUCCGGGCCCCACUACCAGUCUCGCCAGAAUACGACAACCAGAUCCUUGUCCCAGCGUCGUCCUCGCCAGCCGGCCCCCCCAAGGCCAAGGGCACAUUCAUCCCCUCGUCCAACUUGAAUCCCCCAAUCCGCGCCGUCGGCUCUCCAACGGCCCUGAUGGAGACCAUCAAGCGGCCCUCGGCCGCAGACUUUAGCCCCGACUCGCCGCAGCCCUUGUCCCGCUUGAAGAAGCGCUACGAGGAAAGUCCAUCGACGAGCCCGACCAAGGCAACUGGGUCAGUCCCACUGAUAACGGAUUCCGCGCCAUCCUCGCGCGCACCGCACCGCAGCGGCGUCAAGGCCAACAAGCUCAUCAGCCUCGCUAAACAGACGCACAGCAACGAGAUCGAGGGCUCAAUCAAGCGCUUAAAGACCCAGUUCCCGGGAUUGGAGCGGGAGACGUACCGGCGCGCGCUUGAACGACAUGGGGGCGACGACAAGGGCCUCUUGAGAGAGCUCGCUGCGUCCAAAGCCAAGGCGGACGCCGCACCUUCCACACAAACAUCAGCCUCGUCCAGCACGUCCAACCUCGCGUCAUCGCUACAGAAGUAUCGCUUCGAGCCGGGUUUGCCGACGAAGCCAUCGUCCCAAGGUUCGUCCCCCGCUCCCAUCCCCCUUGCGGCCAGCCGCUCCGCUUCGCCCGCGAAGCGCCCCCGGAAGAACGAGCAAAGUGAGGCCCGUCGCGAGAAGAGCACGAUCUACGCACGUCGCCAGAAGCAGGCGCAGAAGCGGGACCCAGACGAGGCGAGCGACCAUUAUUCGUCAGACGAUGGCGACGCAUGGAAUGAUGGCACUCGACGGCGCAAGCGGCGAAAGUCUGAUGACGAUAUCGACGCUGAGGGCGAGGCCCUCAAAGCGUUCAACACGGCGACCGCCGACGUCCUCACCGGCACCAUGGCGUGUUCCCAGGAGCAAGCAGAGAAGAUCAUCAAGCUGCGCCCCUACGAGGAUGCCAGCGACGUCCAGGCCAAGCUCAGUAAGGCGCGUGGCAUCAGCUACAAGUUAUUCGAGCAAUACGUCGAGAUCAUGGAGGGCUACGUGCAGAUCGACAACUGCCUGAACGGGUGUGACAGCAUUGCGCAGGACAUCGCGCAGACGCUGGCGGUGUGGAAGGGCGCCGCGACGACCAGCGACAGCAUCGUCGGCACUCCGCGCAGCGACGGCCUGAACGACGCCAAAAUCGACGUCGCCAAGGUCUCUGAGCUGCUUCUUGCAGAGACAGACCAACGGAGGAAGAAGAUCCUUGCGUCUUACAUUCGCCAGCAGCCUGCUCUGCUCUCGGAGGGCACGGUGCUCAAGGACUACCAGCUCCUCGGCGUCAACUGGCUCAACCUCCUCUACACUCGCAAGAUUGGCUGCAUCUUGGCUGACGAGAUGGGUCUCGGCAAGACGAUCCAGGUCAUUGCCUUUCUCGCCCACCUCAAGGAGUACGGCAUCAAGGGCCCGCACCUGAUCUUGGUUCCAGCGUCGACGCUCGAGAAUUGGACGCGCGAGUUUGGCCGCUUCGCACCUGAUAUCGACGUUCAGACGUACUACGGGUCGCAGGCCGAGCGUGCCGACCUGCGCGACGAUCUCAAGCGGCAGUUCCGCGCUGGCGACCUCGAGGUUGUCCUCGCUUCGUACACCCAGGUCGCGGCCAAGGAUGACUUGAGUUUCUUCCGGCGCAAGAUCGACUUCGAGACGUGCAUCUACGACGAGGGCCACAUGCUCAAGUCGUUUGACACGAAGCGCUACAAGGACUUGUUGAGCAUCGUCCCCCAGUGGCGUCUGUUACUCACGGGCACGCCGGUGCAGAACAACCUGCAGGAGCUCGUGUCGCUGCUCAUGUUCAUCCUCACCGACAUGUUUUCCGACGCCGAGCCGUACCUUCGCCAGAUCUUCAAGGUGCAGACCGCUGGCGCGGCCAACCUCCUCUCAGCGAGCCGCACGUCACGUGCACGCACAAUGCUCACGCCGUUCGUCUUGCGCCGCCGGAAAGCCCAUGUCUUGACGCUUCCGCCCAAGAUUGAGAAGGUCGAGGAGUGCGACAUGACUCCUGCACAAGCGCGCCUGUAUCGCGAGACGAUGCGCAAGUCGCGCAAGGUCAUUGAGGAGAUGGGCGACGCUGCGCUUGAUGCGGCGGCGGCGGCCGACGACGACGGCAAGCCCGCUGUUAAAAAGAAGAACGCCAAGGACACAAAGAAGACCUCGUCGUCGAACAUUCUCAUGGACUUGCGCAAGGCGGCCAACCACCCGCUUCUUUUCCGGAGACUCUACACAAAAGCCAAGGUCGAGGCGCUCGCCAAGGCGUGCUUGAACACGCCGCAGUGGGCAGACUCGAGGUUAGACUAUGUCAUCGAGGAUCUAGAGGUCAUGUCGGACGCCGAGAUCCACCACUUUGUCAAGGACCACCCGGACCUGUCCAAGUUUUCUCUCGACCCAUCUGCCUUCCUGGAAGGUGGCAAGAUGAAAGCUCUGGUGGCGCUUAUUGACCGGUGCAAGGCCGAGGGAACGCGCAUGCUCCUCUUCUCGCAGUUCACAAUGCUCCUCGACAUCCUGCAGGUCGCGCUCGACCAUAUCGGAGCCAAGUGGACUCGAUUGGACGGCGCAACCCGCACUGACGAGCGGCAGGGCCUCGUCGACGAGUUCAACGAGGACCCGGACAUCACCGUCUUCCUGCUCUCCACGAAGGCUGGCGGUGUCGGCAUCAACCUGACAGCGGCCAGCGUCGUCGUCAUCUUUGACCAGGACUUCAACCCGCACAACGAUAAGCAGGCAGCUGACCGCGCAUACCGCAUCGGGCAGGAGCGCGAAGUCGAGGUCAUCAAGCUCGUCACAAAGGGGUCGAUUGACGAGGACAUCCUGAGCAUCGGCAUGACUAAGCUGGAGCUUGACGACAAGAUUGCCGCCGACGAGGGCGAUGACAAGAAGAUGGCUACCGAGGUCAAGAAGAGUCUCCUUACCACGCUCAAGUCCAAGUUCAAGGACGACGUGGAGGACGAGCCGAUGGUGGAGGAGGAGGAGGAGGAGAGGAUGCCGAGCACGCAGGUCAAGCGUGCACGCGGUGGUGGUGGCGGCGCGUGA